AAUGAAGGCCAUCUUUUUUAGAUUCAGUUCUUAUGCUAAAUUUGCAGAAAAAAUAUAAAAUACAAAAUUUGCUACCAUUUAUGAUUACGAAACUCAAGUUAAACCUACACUAAAUAUCUAUGAAUCAAUGGGAUUUAAUGAAUAAAUGAUUUUUAGAAUUUUCAAAAACAGAGGUCUCUCUAUUGUCAAAGAGAAUACUUUAAAUGAUAUUGGACAACUAAAUGAGUUAUUCAAAAAUAGAUUGAAUGCAGAAACAAAGUAAAUUUCGAUCACAUUAAUACAGAUAAAUGCGAACUAUCCUUUUUAAAGACCCAUAAAUAUUGAGCCAUCCUAUUGAAAAGAUGAACAAUUAUCUUGACCUUUUUGAAAAAUAACUACAAAUAAAAAAAGAAGACAUUUUAUCUAUGUUGACAGCAUAUCCUUUAUUAAUGAGAAAUUUUGAAGUUAAUUAUGAAAAAUUUAGAAAUGUUUUUAAUACAUAUGCACAUGUUAAUGAUAAACAAUUUGGAUAAAUAUUGGUUAAUACUCCAUUCUUAUUUUCAUUCAAUCUUGAAAGAAUACCACCAAAUUUUAGAGUUAUGUAUAAUAGAGAUUAUAAAACCAAAGAAAUCUAAGAAUUAGUAUAAAAUUUAUUAUGAUUUAUUAGAUUUAAAAAACUUCAGAGUUUUUAGCACUUAAAAAUCAUGAUUUAGAUAGAUUAUUAAAUCAUUAUGAUGUGUUAAUAUCAAAUAAGGAAGUUUAGCAUUAAUUGUUAAUAAAUAAUCAUAAAUUAUUACUAUUAACACCAGCUUAUAUGUUAAGUCCAAAGAUUAAUUUAUUCAAAGAACUUGGGUUAUCAUUAAAUUAGAUAGGAUAGAUUUUAUAAAUAUGUCCAAAUUUAUUCAUAAAGAGUGUUUAAACACUUAAAUUGAAAUUGAAAUUUUUUGAAAAACAUUUGAAUAUUAAAAUUAAGGAUUCUUAAUAUUUUCCUUAGAUUUUAGAAUUUGAUUAUUGGACAGUAUUACGUCCUAGGUAAAUAUUCAAUAAAUAAUAAGAUUGGUGAUUUUGAAUAAUUUAGAAAAUGCUAUGGAUAAUUUAAAGAUGGAUCAAGAAGAAUUUAUUAAGAAGUAUGAUUGCGAAUAAAAAUAUCAAGAAUUAUUAAAUGAAGCUCCAGCUAAAAAGAAAAUUGAUGCUGACUUUAUGAUUAGGAAAUACCAUAGAUAUUGUCAUGAUAGAAUAUAAUUAUUACAUUGA